UGGCAAUGGUAAAAAUUCUUGUUCACACGUGUUGAAAAUAUUCAGUUUAGGAUUGUUUUUUCAAAAAAACUUGAUAAAAUUGUGUUCAAAAUACUUGUACGAUGUCGGUUCUACAACGGGUGGUAAAACCAACCACACAUAAAGGCAAAAAAGUCCUGCUCAAAAAGGAGCCUCAAAUAAUCGAAGGCACGAAGCGGGCGAUCUUUUUCAAAGGGCGCAAAACGUCGGAAAAGGUGCGGAACUUAUUAAAAGACUUGUACCUGAUAAAGAAACCUGAUGCUCAAAUGCUAAAUAAAAAGAACGACAUUACUAUCUUUGAGAAUCCCCAACCUGUGGAAGCUUUCUGUAAAAAACACGACAGUGCAAUGUUCCUAAUGGGAAGCCACAGCAAAAAACGUCCUGAUAAUCUAGUCGUAGGGAGAACCUUUAAUUAUUCUAUACUAGACAUGAUUGAACUUUAUGUUGAAAACUAUGAUGGACUGCAAGAAUUCGCCAAUGACAAAAUAACUGUGGGGACCAAACCUUGCUUGAUUUUCAACGGGACUUUGUGGGAACAAUCUGACGAACUCAAACAACUCAAAUCUAUAUUUAUAGAUUUUUUCCAUAGGGAAGAAGUGGAGGCUGUAAGACUGCAAGGUCUCGAACAUUCUAUUAGCUUUAAUGCUACACCAGAUGGUAAGAUUUGUUUGAGAUCUUACAAGGUUUUGCUCAAGAAGUCUGGAGUGAGAACACCGAGGGUGGAACUGGAAGAAAUUGGUCCCAGAAUAGAUUUCACUCUCAGACGAACAAAACUACCAUCGCCUGACCUAAUGAAAGACGCUUGUAAGAAACCAAAGGAACUUAAAGUCGGCAAGAAGAAGAACAUCAGUACAGAUGCUUUGGGUACAACACACGGACGUAUUCAUAUUGGUAAACAAGAAAUCAACAAAAUCCAGACGCGCAAACUGAAAGGUCUUAAAAAGACCAUGCAAGAAAAGAAGGCAGCUAAAAGGAAGGCUCUAGUGGAAUCGAAUGAUGGAGUAGAAAAAAGACAAAGGGCUGACUAGGAUUUUUGUUGCAAUUUUUAAUUGUUUUUGGGAGGAUAAUAAUUUAUUGACAAAAAUAAUGCACUUUUUACAUUGUUUUAUUUGAAUUUUUAACUUUGACAUUAUUUUUGACAGUAAGUUUAGUUAUAAUUUUGUGGUCUCAGGUGAAAAUCUGAAGAAAUUUGUUUUUGUUUCUACAAGACAAAAAGAUUUCUGCCUAAACAGUAAUAAAUGUAAAUUUUUGAAUUCAACGGUCAUAAUUUUAUAGUUGAGAUCGUUGCUCUUUUAAAUUACCUAUCUUGUUCAUUAAGCAUGCUCUUAUCUGAAGAUGUUUCCUAUAAUUUUCUACUGUGUUGUCUUCCCUUUAGGUUUGUAGAUAUUUUAUGAAAUAUUUAACUAAGCGUUAUACAUAGUAAUUAAGGAGGUAAUUUUAAGAUGUAAAUAUAUUUUUUAAAGAAAUUGCUUUAGAAAGAA